AUGACCGGCUGUCUCAUUACAGCAUAUGUGCAACGAUGGGCUCGGAAUGCAUAUUCCUAUGCAAUCCUGGAAGUGUCAGUAUGGUUGUUCAAUGCCUUUGGAAAGAUGAUAAUAGAUAGUUCGAAUUUCACUGCAAUAGCAACAUACUCUUUUGGAGAAUUCUUUGUCGCCAACGCUAUGGCAUUCUCUUUGAUCGCACUAUGGUCACGGGCACGAAGAAAGUCAGGACUAUCCCUUGAUCAACCACUCUUGUUGGACGAGAUUCAUCUGGUCAUGCCGUUUAUUGUGCUGUCCCUCUUGCUAUCCGCUCUAGUUGCUGUAGUCAGGUCUUAUCCAUCAGGCUUGGGGCUUUCGGGAUUUCUCGACUGGUUUGCUAGUCAGAGUGUUGGUCUUGUCGUCACGCUUCCGGCUGUGCUGCUAGUCUCCCAAACUGAUUGGAGGCACCGCUCGAAUUUCACCUGGACUAGGAUGUUGAUAGCCACUAUUCUCACUGUCGCGGUCAUUACUAUUCCGAUAGCUGUUUCGUUUGUGUAUGAGACACCGCUAUUAACUGUUCGUCCCGCUACAUUCAAAGUAUUUUGGGCUGUUUUAUUUACAGUCCCUGUUUUGGCUCUUAGUGGCGUCCUGCUUGGCACUACCGGUCUUGCACUUCAUUUGUUACUGUUUUCGAUUGCAACUCCCAUGAUACGUUUCUUGCCAGGCGACUUUGAGUACGACGAUCAUCUGCUGGCAAUGAUGAUUCUUCUCAUCGACCUGAGCAUGAUACCGUUUUUCGUUUUGUUAGCGGACAGGAAUCGCUUCCUUGGAUCAGUUGAAAAACAAGUGCAGGAACGAACAAUAGAGUUAGUGAAGGCAAACCAAGAGAAAACCGAAUUUAUGAGUUUCCUUUGCCACGAACUACGCAACCCAUUACAUGUUGUACUCUCCAUGGCGGAUAUGACCAUGACAGAGAACCCAAAUAACGAAUAUGCCAAAGCUUCAAUUACGGCCGCACGAUAUAUGGCGGAUUUAUGCAACGAUGUGCUUGAUGCUACAAAACUGAAAAGUGGCAAGACUUCUAUUGAGCCACAUUGGGGGGAUCUGGCUACCAUGCUAAACGAGCAGUGUCAUUCAUUCGCAUUGCAUGCUGCAACCCUUGGAAUCAAUUUGGAGUAUCACUGCGAUGCGACUGUACCAGAUAAGCUCUAUACUGACAAUCUACGGUGGAGGCAGUGCCUCACGAAUCUACUCGCUAAUGCGUGUCGAUUUACUAAGUCGGGCGGCAGGGUAGAUGUUUCGCUAUAUUUGAUCAAAGACGGUACAAUACCUCUAGAUCACGUACGACUAAGAUGCGAGGUGGCGGACACAGGAAUCGGAAUAGAUCCAUCACAUAUACCGACACUCUUUGCUCCAUUCAGUAUUGCCAGUCAACAAACAACACGCGAAUAUCAAGGAUCAGGGUUAGGUUUGUCGUUGAGUGCUAUGCUCGUCGAACUUAUGGGCGGUAAACUACAAGUUGAAAGUCAACCUGGCCACGGCACUAGAUUCUGGUUUGAACUCAUUGUCCGAAGAGAAACAUCAUCGCAAACUCCACACACGAGCAUUGGUAUGGAAGGGAUGGAUCUUGGUACACCCCGUGUUGCCAUGAUAGAAAUGAAUUCUGUUUCAGGCCAUCAUUGCAAUCACACAGCAGGCACGUGCCACUGCCAUCAAGCAUCUGGCACCAGUGUUUGCACCCAUCAUACGUCUAGCACAGGGGCUUGUGGGGUUCAUAGGCUGGCCAUCUUGCCCAAGUCACAGAAUAAUUCGAGAGAGGGUCUAGCUGAUGAUGACACCAUAGUAGAUAUCCACCCAGUGAAACGAACCAAUUCAGAGCCCACUGCAGUGGUUCCUUUCACGACAACAAAACAACCUGAUCAGCCCACCAUGUCACAAACAUCACCACUAGGCCUUAUGAUGAGCAAUGACAUAGGUACACAUAUGCGAGGCAGGGACCGCAAUGAAAGUAAUAGUUUUGUCAUGUCUGAUCAAGUGGCAGACAAUGUGCCGGCAACAAUACCAAACGACUUUACUCAAGAGAUAACACCCACGCAGCCGGAAUCCAAUACCUUUGAACACAUAAUUGGUGCUCUUGUAGUUGACGACUCAGAUGUAAAUCGAGCACUUCUGAAACGUAUGCUGAAUCGUUUAAAGCCUGAUAUGGAGUUGCAUAUGGCGAAUGAUGGGCAAGAGGCUAUUGACCUUGCAGAGCAACACAAGUACCGAAUAAUAUUUAUGGAUUUGCAAAUGCCAAGAGUUGAUGGCUGGCAAGCCAUCUCGCACAUCCGGAAAGCAGGUCUGAAUAUCGAUACGCCUAUCGUCAUCACUUCAGCCAAUACUGUAUUGGUUGAAGAAGACACCAUCAGGCAAUGCGGUGUCUUGCCGAAACCAUUUCUUGUAAAGGACUUGAAGUCUGCUCUCGAUAAGUAUAUAUAG